AUGAGCAAGUCGCCACGGGCGCUGCAGGAGCUGAUGACGGCCGUGGACGCCGGCCAUGUAGCCGACGUCAACGUCGACAGCGCGUCGUCGGAUAGUAGUAAGCUGCUGGGGCCCCGCCGGCGCCCCACCCCCACCUACAACGGCCACGGCGGCGGCGUCCGGAAGAGCGCCCCGGCGGUGGCGGUGGUGGAGGCCUCCACGGACGCGAGCUUCGAGUUCAGCGCCGUCGUCAGCUACAGCUCGGCGUCGCCAGCCAGCAUGGUGUUCUCCGACGGCCAGCUCCGCGCGCACCAGUUCCCCGCCGUGCGGUCCGCCGCCUCCGCGGGCAGCAGCCAGGCGACGUCGCCGGUGCGGAGCUCAUCCGUUGGAAGCAGCUGUAGUAGCACCAAGCAGCAGCAGGCAGGGGUGACUGGGAGCAAGAAGCGAGUCAGCUUCGCGGCGGAAGGCGCGGACAAGGCCGGCGGCGGGCAGGGCAAGAAGAGCGGCGGCCUGCUGGGGUGCAUGGGGUCGGUCUGCGGGCCGUCGUCGCGCAACGAAGCGGUGGAGCCGGUCGCCAGGAACGAUAACCGCAAGGUCGUGGCUUUUUGA